AUGGCAUGGAUCUUGUUUCUUUCAUCAGGACAAACUUCUUCUAAAAGUGUAGCAUGUCAGGAGGGUCACAAUUACGGUAAAAAGUGUACGAAGCUCUGUACAGAACGCCACUGUGUGAACCAAUCGGCAUCUUGCAAUGUACGGAAUGGCAGAUGUGCUGGAGGUUGUGAAGCUGGUUGGAAAGGCAAAGAUUGCACAAAGACAUGUGAGGAGGGUAAAAACUACGGACCGAAUUGCAGGAAACUCUGUACAAAACGCCACUGUAUGAACCAAUCGAUAUCUUGCGAUGUACAGAAUGGCAGUUGUAUUGGAGGUUGCGAAGCUGGUUUUAAAGGGAAAGACUGCACAAAGAAAUGUGAGUAUAAUGUCACGUACGGAACUAACUGUAACAAGUCAUGUACGGAACGCAACUGUCUGUCUUCAUCUGCAUGUCCCAGAAAGACGGGACGGUGUAAAGCUAAAGAGUGUCAACCUGGAUGGAACGGAACCGACUGUACGCAAGCAUGUCUACAGAACGUCACAUACGGGUUUAACUGUAACAAGCUGUGUGAGAAACGUCAUUGUGCUAACCACAUGACAACCUGUGAUAUAGAGACAGGAGAAUGUGGUACAGGUGGAUGCAAACCAGGUUGGAAGGGAGACGACUGCACACAAGCAUGUCUGCAGAACGUUACAUACGGGUCUAACUGUAACAAGCUAUGUGAGAAACGUCAAUGUACUAAUCACUUGGCGGCCUGCGAUAUAGAGGCAGGAGAAUGUGGUACAGGUGGAUGUGAACCAGGCUGGGACGGAGAUGACUGUACAGAAGCAUGUCUACAGAACGUCACGUACGGGUCUAACUGUAGCAAGCUAUGUGAGAAACGUCAGUGUGCCAAUCACUCUACAACCUGCGACAUAGAGACAGGAGAAUGUGGUACAGGUGGAUGUCAACCAGGCUGGAAAGGAGAAGACUGUACACAAGUUUGUGGAUCACCGAGGUAUGGUUCCAGCUGUUUGUAUCGCUGUUCAGCCCGACAUUGCAAUGGGAACUCAAGUUGUAAUCAUAUUAGUGGUGCGUGUGACAACGGCUGUCAACAUGGCUGGGAAGGCAUCGCUUGUACAGAAUGUGAGCAGAACGUGUCGUACGGUCGUUAUAACUGUAAGAAGGUAUGUGCAGAUCGCCACUGUGCCGAUUCGUCUUCGUCCUGUGAUGUCAAGACGGGGGCGUGUGUUGGUGGAUGUCAAGCAGGCUGGAGUGGAACCGAGUGCAAGCGAGCAUGUAUCCAGAACGACACCUAUGGGCAUGGCUGUAUAAAGUACUGCAAGGAACGUCACUGUUUGUCUUCAAAUACACCUUGCAACCUUCUCACAGGCGACUGCGGUGGUGAUGGGUGUCAAGCUGGCUGGCAGGGAGUUGAUUGUGCUCAAGCAUGUGAGCAAGGUGUGAAGUAUGGCCUUCACUGUAACAAGUCAUGUGCUGACCGUCAUUGUGAUCCAAAAAACACUUCAUGUACUACACAUAAUGGAACGUGUUUUGGUGGAUGUCUACCAGGAUGGAUGGGACACGAUUGUACACAAGGUACUGGACACUAUACGUAA